AUGAUCAUUAGGUUCCACAUGAUAGCUUUGGUCUUUUUCCUGUGGCUGUUUGUCCCGUCGUUGAGUAAAGACCUUCUAAACUGUGAUACAACAUCACCAUAUACCUCUGGCUACCAUUGCAAUGAAAAAGGGUCACAAAACCAAUGUGAAACAUUUGCACUCUUUCUUACCAACUCUUACUACUCAUCACUUUCCAACCUGAGUUUUUACUUGGGACUCAAUCCGUUUGCAAUAGCAAAAGCAAAUGGUUUCUCUUCAGAAACUGAGUUUCUCUCCCAGGAUCAGCCUCUUCUUAUACCAAUUGAUUGCAAAUGCAAAGGUGGUUUUUUUCUGGCUGAGUUAACCAAAACUACCAUCAAAGGAGAGAGCUUUUAUGGUAUUGCUCAAUCACUUGAGGGCUUGACAACUUGCAAGGCUAUUAGGGACAACAACCCUGGUGUAUCACUUUGGAAUCUUGAUGGUAAAGUGAGAUUGCUUAUUCCAUUGAGAUGUGGUUGUCCAUUUUCAUCUCAAGUUAGACCACAACCAAGACUUUUGCUUUCUUAUCCUGUAAGUGAAGGUGACACACUUUCUAAUUUGGCCUCAAAGUUCAAUAUUACUAAAGAAGCUAUUAUUUCUGCAAAUAACAUAUCAUCAGAAGAAGGCCCUAGACCUAGAAGCCUUGCACCCUUUACCUCUAUUCUGAUUCCACUAUAUGGUAACCCUAUCCUUGGUCCUCUGGCUAAACAAAGGGAGCCCAAUUUGGGUUUUUCAACAACCAGCAUCCCAGUGAUUAGUCCACACAAGAAGCCAACAAUGUGGAAGACUAAAUUGUAUAUUGGGGCAGCUGGGGUUGCACUUGGAGUCUGCAUUGCUUUUGGGGCAGCUUUGUUUUUUAUCAGAUUGAAGCACAAGAAGGAGGAAGAGAAUUCAAGCAAAGAAGGAGAUAUGGAGCUGCAACAUCUGAAUCAUAGUGUAAGAACCACUAGUGAUAAGAAAGUUUCAUUUGAGGGGUCUCAGGAUGCACUUGAUGGGAAAAUUAUUGAUGCCACACCGCGUAAGAUGUUGUUGGAGACAUACACUAUUGAAGAUAUGAGAAAAGCAACUGAGGAUUUCAGUUCAAGCAGUCACAUUGAGGGAUCAGUAUUUCAUGGUCGUCUAAAUGGUAAGAACAUGGCAAUCAAAAGAACAAAGACAGAAAUAGUGUCAAAGAUAGAUCUUGGCCUUUUCCAUGAUGCACUUCACAACCAUCCCAACAUACUUAGGCUACUGGGAAUGAGUUUGUUGGAGGGGCCAGAGUCAUAUUUGGUUUUUGAGUAUGCCAAAAAUGGUUCAUUGAAAGAUUGGCUUCAUGGUGGCUUGGCCAUCAAGAACCAGUUCAUUGCUUCUUGCUAUUGUUUCCUGACUUGGAGCCAAAGGCUCAGGAUCUGUCUUGAUGUGGCCAGUGCCUUGCAGUAUAUGCACCAUGUUAUGAAUCCAAGUUAUGUGCAUAGAAAUGUAAAAAGCAGGAACAUCUUUUUAGAUGAAGAAUUUGGUACCAAGAUAGGAAAUUUUGGGAUGGCAGGGUGUGUUGAGAAUGACACUGAGGACCCACUUUUCUAUUCCACCAACCCUGCCACUUGGAGUCUUGGUUAUUUGGCACCUGAAUAUGUGCACCAAGGUAUAAUUUCCCCAAGCAUUGAUAUCUUUGCUUAUGGGGUGGUUUUGUUGGAAAUUUUGUCUGGUCAAACACCAAUAAGCAAGCCUAAUGAUAAGGGUGAAGGAAGCAUUUGGCUAACAGAUAAAAUCAAGUCCAUUUUGAAGUCAGAAAAUGUGAAUGAACUAAGGGAGUGGAUAGACAGUGCAUUAGGUGAGAAUUAUUCAUUUGAUGCAGCAGUGACAGUGGCCAAUAUUGCUAGAGCUUGUGUGGAGGAAGAUUCUUGUUUGAGACCAAGUGCAAGGGAAAUUGUUGAGAAGCUAUCAACGUUGGUGGAGGAAUUACCAGAAGGGGAACAACACAUUAUAAUGAGUGAAAGCUCAAGCAAACCUCUGGUGAAGACAGUAGUAGGAAACAUUGUGUGA